UAUUCUGCCUCGGUCGCCUCUCCUCCGCUCAAAAGUUCUUCGACUCCACAACCCGUCAUGUCAGAGUAUUGGAAGUCAACGCCCAAGUAUUGGUGCAAAUACUGCUCUGAGUAUGUCAAGGACACCAAACUCGAGCGCCAAAAACAUGAAGCCACUGGUCGUCACCAGGGCGGCAUACAGCGCCAGUUGAAAGGCAUACACCGGGAACAAGCCAACCAAGCCCGCCAGCAACAGCGCGCCAAAGACGAGGUAGCCCGCCUUAAUGGCCUUGUACGUUCGAGCUCUUCCUCGCAUGUCACCCCCAGCGCCGGUGCAAGUAGCAAGCCUACAUUUUCAAAGCCAGAGGAACGGAAAGCCACGCUGCAAGACAGAAAGAAGCAAUGGGAGCAGUUGGCAGCUAUGGGCAUAGCGAUGCCGCAAGAAGGAGGUGGGUCGACCGCAACGAAUGGUGAUUGGUCAGUGGUCAGUGAAAAGAUCGUUGGCGAAGUGGGAGAAGAUGGUGUGGUGAGAGAGGUGGCGCUCAACAAAGGCGUGAGAAAGAGGAAGUUGGAUGAUGAAGAGGAGAAGCGACUUGAAGCUGGGGAGACCAUCACUAAGAAGAAAGGAUGGGGACACACGUACAAAACAUUCCCGGGCAAAGCAGGCAACGUGGAUGAGGAUGUGGAAGCCCUGUUCAAUAGGAAACCUGCAGCGAAGGACGAAGACGAUACGGAGAUCAAGCAAAGUCUGAAACUAGAGGAUCAAGUGAAGGGAGAGGAUAUCCCGAGUUCGCUGCUGGAGAUACCAACUGCCGAGGAGGCAGCAGCAGCGUCGGUGAAGAGCGAGGCUGACAAGCCUGUGCCGACUGUGGUAUUCAAGAAACGAAAGAAGAUCGCAAAAUAAGGGGAUACUGGAUGAUGAGACUACGUUUGUAUUGAUAAGGGUUCAUUUUGUUUCGUUUGGACGUUGGUGGCAAUGUCAGAUACCCCGUGCACAAAUUCCUUGCACUUUAGACGACUACUUCUCACCUGCAUGCCCAGGUUACAUAUGUAAUUAUCAGCAAAGCAAAAAAACCGAGGUGUACUAUGUAUCCCUGAUU